UACGACUCACUGGAAGCUUAUCCGUCCGCCCUGUUGCGAUAAACUUCCAGUGCACUCCGUAAUGUUGAUCUACGUGUUGCUCAUCCUCAACUCCGCUGUGGGUCUCAAGUAUCUGCCUCCAUCAAGAGUGAUUGAGGUGACCGAGUCCGGUACAUACACCUUUGGACUCGUGGAGAACGAUCAAUCCACUCGCAUAAAAAGGUGCCGUUAUCGCUCCAAUACCAACGUGAGCGGUGUGUUUGAAUUGUACAGAUCAACGUGGAAGGUUUCAACUGGUAAAAUUUCGGACUUGGGUAAGGUGGGGUUGUGUCAAAUUUCCGUUAGUGACGUCGACGAUCAGUUGCCUACGGUAUGGUACCUAAGGGCGCACAACGAGGGGGAGGCUUUGGAUGAGGUGCAAUUCCAAGUGAAGUUUUACUAUAAGGUUCCGCUAGCCACAGACGAGGCUGUCGCGUUACGAAACGGGGAUUUUUAUCAGUAUCUCGCUACCAAUAUCAGCUUUGUCAGUUGCACGUUGGCCAUUGGUACUCGGAAGAUUGAUAUCGACUUGAAAUCCAAUGGGGAAACCAAGGUGGAAGAUAUGACGAUAGUUGGCAUAGGCGAUGGACUUUGUGGGUUCAAAUGCGUCAACGCAUCUGAUGCAAAUCAAACAUGGAGCUUGACCGGAGUUGAUGGCCUUAAGAAAAGCUACCGGGCAGCUUUCAAUUACACUCUGUUUGCCAGCCCGCCCGCCAACCAGACCCACGUGCGGAAAAUCGUCGAGGUCGGCACCAGCGGGUCGAUACAGUGCGGCGGAAAGCACAGCCAGAAUUUCUGCUACCUCUUCGCCCCGACGAACGCAUUCGUUCCGACGCGCAACAAGGACUGUUACCAUGCCAUCAAAACCAUUUCAAUGGCAGACUUGGGCGUUUGGAGAUGUUACAUUGGAAAGUUUCCCGCGAUGAACCUGUUGGAGUACCGAGUGGAGUUGGCGAUCGGCGCGGAUACCGUUUCCGGAUGGACCGAGGAAAGCAAAAGUUACGCGACCGUCGGUUGCAACUUGACGAGUAGUUCGCUCGCGAGUUACUGCCGAAUGAUCUCGCCGCACGGCGAGGUGUUCAGGCUACGAGAGGGAGGUGCGGUUAAUCGUUAUUUGUCGAUUGGGACUAACUUUUCGCGGGGAAUUUGUGAGAUGAAGAUUGAGAAACCUCUACAAGAGAGAGAGAAGGGCCAAUGGCGUUGCGAGUUCGACAUUUCUACCCGAUCAGUGGGCACAUUUGUUUCGUUAGCCAGUAAUGAAAGGCACGACUACGUCAAACACAAGAAAAUAACCACCCAACUCGGUGAAGCUCUCACUAUAACAUGUCAAGUUACGUACUCCUCCGAAUACUGUUACAUUAAGUCGCCGAAUGGAACCGAGUACCCGAUGGUGGACGACAAGGAAAGUCAGAUGGGGAUGUGUUCGUUACGUCUCGAAAAGGCGACGAUUGCCGACGUGGGUAAAUGGGGCUGCUUCUUCGCGCGCGAAACCGGUCUAAUCGUUGAAGAGAUGACGACCGAAGUUCGCCUGGCGGAGCUGAUGUCUCCGGGGCAAGUGGAGGGAAAAUCCGGGGACAAUGUGAACUUGAUGUGCUCAACUUACGGCCUGCCCUUAAAAUAUUGCAGAUUCGUAUCUCCGAGCGGGCAGGGCUACUUUAUUAAGAAUGUGCACAGUUUUAACCGGAUUCGUUACUACGGAAAGGGGUUGGAGUACGGCGAGUGCGGGAUAACGAUCCAGGAGUCGACGCCGCUCGACAGCGGGAAGUGGAUCUGCGCGACGAGACUCGGCCGCGAUUACAAGCAAACGGAAAUAUCGGCGCCGAUCGUCUUGUACGUCGCGCCGACGUUCUUCGAAGAUUCGAAAAUCGCGAUCUGGCUGGGAACGAUCGCGGCGGUCGUGGCGGUUAUAGGGCUAGUCGGAUACAUUGGAAUGAGACGGCGGAAAUGGCGGCGCGCCCGAUCGGACCAUUUGAAAAUCGUUAACGAAAAUGAGGAAACCACGAGUAACAGUGACACAUUUUUCACCCUUCUGCCACCAGUCUCCUAGGUGGUCUUCAAUGGCUUAUAGAAGGGCAUUAAUAUUCCAUCAAACGUAACAAUUUAUUUUUUAAUAAACUGCUAGUACAGA